ACAGGCGUCUGCAAACCAACGUCAUCUAAUCAUCAAGUUUCGUUUUUCGGACCACCUUGUAGCCGUCCAAAUACACAUCGGUUAGGGUACAAUGAUCGACAAAUUUAAACUCGGUUCCGGCCUGAUACGCUAUAUCCGUGGGGCGACUGCCUCUCCUAAACCUCCGUUCAAAUACAUCCGUCCGGCGCUAGCUUCUGCCGCCCAAACGCAGGAAUUGAAAGCGGUGACGAAAGAUUAUCACAGCAUCCUGGGAGUUCCACGAUCAGCUAGUUUCAGGGAUAUAAAAAAUGCUUACUAUACGCUGGCUAAGGAAUUUCACCCGGAUCUAAACCGCCCUGGGAUGGAAAAUACAGCAGCAGACGAGACAAAGUUCAAAGAAAUUACCGAAGCGUACGAGGCUCUUAUGAAUGACUAUAAGAAAGGUGAUAGCGUAAUCGCACUAAACCCGGAACUUUAUCGUAACGUGACAGAGGAACGACGCCAAUCAAUCUCCACCGCUUGGAAGACUGUCAACGAAUUGAAUUACGAGGACGUUGUUUUGAGCAUCUCGUAUAAAGAAGCCACCGAAGGUAGUCGCCGUGAAGUUAAAAUUCCUAUUGGAACCAAGUGCGAUAAAUGUUCUUCCUAUGGUACUUUUCCUCCGAGAAAUAGCGAAGGAUCUUGCAACGUUUGCCAAGGCACCGGAAAACAAACAAUAUACACCGAAAAUGGCACACUUUAUAUGACGUGCAAGUUUUGUAAAGGAACUCGAACCGUCAUUACCCCGAAAAUUGUCUGCCCUAAGUGCCACGGCAAGGGUUUUCUACUAAAGCCCCAUGUGCUGAUGAUAAACAUACCGAAAGGUUCGUCAAAUCGGGACGUCAUCAAAACUCGUAUACCUGGCCACCAACGCGCGAUUAAUAUCAUCCUCAACGUUCAGGACGCAGAACGCUUUCAACGAAACGGUCUUAAUAUUUACACCACCGAGGAAAUCUCGCUAGCUCAGGCUAUUCUAGGCGCGAACAUCCCGAUCAAAGGUAUCAACGGCAUGUUCAACGUACAUAUCACACCCGGCACACAACCCAAUGCGGAAUUUCGUAUCCCUGGAAAAGGUAUCUGCGACAUGUCAACGCAGGAACAUGGCCAGCAUAUCGUAAAGGUAAAAAUUCGCAUCCCAACUGUGGUGACAACACGGCAGCGUCAUUUACUGCGAGAACUCGACGCAUCUCUGCGGGAAACGGACGCCGAUAAACCAGACUUACCGUUUUCACGUUGAUCCCCCAUUGGCAAUCGGUCCAGCGUUCUUUCCAAGCCCGCAUCAGCAUCAGUUUCAGAAGCGUAGUUUUACUGGUGGAUUUCUGGUUAUCGAUGAUCAUAAUGACAGAUGUUCCGAAACUGUACUGGAAAAACAAUGGAUUUCAAUAACAUAAAUUCUAGUAAUAAAGUCGCAGUGACAUCAAACGUAUUUGAUAAAAAAAAACAUGUACUUACCUUUCUAUUUUAAAUAA